AAUUUCUGGACUCGCUUGAUAUAUUGCUGUGCUCCAAUGAAGUUAAAUUCCAGACGCCAACCCAGUGCUGUAGAUGUGGAGAACCCGCAAAAUCAACUUGUAACAGGAUCUUCGCAACAGCGAGCAAGAAAUUAUGCUGUUGAAACAUGGGUGAGGGUCUCCUGGAGAAUCCUUGCAAUGUUAGUUCCCCACAUGAAGGUUAUACGAGAUAUAAAAUUGAUGCAUCACCAAACACUUCAGCUCACCAAAUGCCUGUGCACUGAAAUUGCAUGUCUGGAUUAUGAGAAAGCUUCCAUGAUGCUUAGAAGACCGUUUCUUCUAGCAGCAGAGUUGGGGAUUUAUGAAAUUGUAGAAGAAAUAAUGGACAUAUUUCCUCAUGCUAUUUGGUUUUCAGAUCAUGAGAAUCAUAACCUAUUUCAUAUUGCAGUGAUGAACCGCCAAGAAAAAGUUUUCAACCUUGUAUAUCAAAUGAGUGAUUACAAGCAUCGACUCUUAGUCUCUGAAGAUAUUUUUGGCAACAAUAUAUUGCAUUUGGCUGGAAAAUUGGCACCUCAACACCGACUUAAUCUCAUUUCUGGUGCAGCUCUUCAAAUGCAAUAUGAGCUGCAUUGGUUUAAGGAAGUGGAGAAGAUUGUGCCACUUGCCUGCAAAGAGGAUAAAAACUCUGAAGGGAGAACUCCAGCAAUGUUAUUUACAGAGGAACACAAGGGAUUGGUGAAAGAAGGUGAGAAAUGGUUGAAAGACGCAGCAAGCUCAUGCACAGUUGCAGCAGCACUAAUUGCUACAGUAAUCUUUGCUGCAGCAAUCACAGUACCUGGCGGAAACAAUAAUGAUGAUGGUUAUCCGAUAUUCUCAAAACAAAAAGCAUUUAUAAUAUUUGCAGUAGCAGAUGCACUCACACUCUUUUCAUCAGUAGCUGCCAUCUUAAUGUUCUUGUCCAUUCUCACAGCACGAUAUGCAGAAGCUGAUUUUCUUUAUACUCUUCCCAAUCGGUUGACAUUCGGUCUAGUUACUCUGUUCCUCUCCAUAACAUCAAUGAUGGUAGCGUUUAGUGCUACACUUUAUCUUGUAUUUUGCAACCGUAAGGCAUGGAUGCUUAUUCCAAUAGGUGCCUUAGCUUGUUUGCCAAUUUCUUUGUUUGUGACGCUGCAAUUUCCACUUCUUGUAGAUAUGAUCCAUUCCACAUACAACCCUAGAAUCUUUGGUAAGAAAAGCAAAUGCAUGCUACACUAGGUUUACACACACACAGGAAAAGAGAGAGAGAUAGUCUUUAGCACAUGUUAAGCAUUUGCUUAAUUACUUGUAUCAAUAUCCACAAGGGAAUAAAAUUCCUCCUGGAAGUCCACCUGAUAUAUUUGAAGUCUUC